AACUCAUUGUUUCGGAUGUCUGUCUUCUUUUGCAUACUUCUGCUUUUCUUUAAACUUCACGCAAAGGCAGAAAAGCCUCUUUGCCGUAUGAUGGGAGACCCUAAAUACCCGCUGUUAUCAAAGGAUGGAGACAUAACUAUUGGAGCACUUUUUCCAAUCCACAGCAUAGAGACAUUACCUUCUUUUAACUUCACGCAAAAGCCUCAGCUUUUCUCAUGCUCAAGUGUGAGUCUACGAGAUUUCAGAAUGGCUCAAAUCAUGAUCUUUGCCAUUGAGGAGAUUAACAGAAGCGUAACUUUACUUCCAAAUGUUUCUAUUGGCUACCAAAUUUAUGAUACCUGUGGUUCAAUACUAUCUUCUAUGGGUGCAAAUAUGGCAUUAAUGAAUGGUCAGGAAUUUGUAUCUGGGGACAGAUGCAAUGGACAGUCUCCUAUACAUGCUAUCAUAGGAGAAACAGAGUCUUCCAACACAGUGAUUUUGUCCAGAACUACGGGGCCUUUUAAAAUUCCGGUGAUAAGUCCCUCAGCCUCAUGCGAAUGCCUCAGUAAUAGGAAAGAUUAUCCCUAUUUCUUCAGGACUAUUGCUAGUGAUUACCACCAGAGCAGAGCACUUGCAUACAUUAUCAAGCAUUUUGGCUGGUUUUGGGUGGGAGCUGUGAACAGUGACAAUGACUAUGGAAACUACGGAAUGGCUAUAUUUCUAAAUACAGCUGAGAAAGAGGGCAUUUGUGUGGACUACACUGUGAAAUUUCAGAGAAAAGAGCCUGAAAAACUCAAAAACGUUAUAGAUACAAUAAAAAAAAGCACAGCAAAAGUCAUUGUUGCAUUUCUGACCAAUUUUGAGAUGAACAAUCUACUUGAUCAGUUAAUAAUUCAGAACAUUACAGGCCUACAAGUAAUAGGUGUGGAGGCAUGGAUAACAGCAGACAGUAUGAUCACUUCAAAUAGUUUUCAUGUUCUAGGAGGAUCACUAGGAUUUGCAGUGAAAAAAAAUAAUAUUGAAGGUUUUGCAGAUUUUGUUAUAAAAGAAUUCUGGGAAACAGCUUUACCAUGCACACAGACUGAGGGCAAUUCUUCACAAAAUGAAUUAAUUUGCAACAUAUAUCAGGAUCUCCUUGUGCUGAAGAGCAACAAUGAAGAUGUGCCAGAACAAAGAUAUGCUAGCAACGUCUACAAAUCCGUUUAUGCUGUGGCUCAUUCACUACAUAAACUGCUAAAGUGCAAAGAAAAGGAAGGUUGUGAAACAGACCCGAAAAUACAACCACGGCAGGUGGUUGAGACUCUGAAAAAGGUAAAUUUUACCAUAAAGAUGGGAGAUAAUGUGUGGUUUGACAGCACUGGUGCAGUUGUAGCCCAAUAUGAAGUUGUGAACUGGCAGCAGUCCUCAAAUGGAUCAAUCAAGUUUAAAACAGUUGGAUACUAUGAUGCCUCACUGUCCCCUGACCAGCGCUUUGUACUCAACACUAAAAACAUAAUCUGGGCUGGAGGACAGCUCAAGAAACCAAGGUCUAUGUGCAGUGAGAGCUGUCCUCCAGGCACUAGGAAGGCUGCACAGAAAGGAAGACCUGUCUGCUGUUAUGACUGUAUUCCAUGUGCAGAAGGAGAAAUCAGUAAUGAGACAGAUUCAAAUAACUGCAAGCAAUGUCCAGGGGAAUACUGGUCUAAUGAUGAGAAAAAUAAAUGUGUAUUAAAGGUUGUAGAGUUUCUGUCAUUUACAGAAGUUAUGGGUUUAGUGCUAGUGUUUUUUUCACUCUUUGGAGUAGGAAUAACUGUGCUGGUAGCUGUACUGUUUUACAGCAAAAAGGACACCCCCAUAGUAAAAGCCAACAACUCAGAACUGAGCUUCCUGCUGCUCUUCUCAUUGAUUUUGUGUUUCCUCUGUUCACUAACUUUCAUCGGUCAGCCCACUGAGUGGUCCUGUAUGUUACGUCACACUGCGUUUGGAAUCACUUUUGUCCUCUGUAUCUCCUGUGUUUUGGGAAAAACAAUAGUGGUUAUAAUGGCCUUCAAGUCGACACUUCCAGGAAGUAAUGUCAUGAAAUGGUUUGGGCCUGCACAACAACGGCUCAGUGUUCUUGUUUUUACACUUAUACAGAUUUUUAUCUGUGUACUUUGGCUAACAAUAUCUCCUCCAUUCCCUUACAAAAAUAAGAAAUAUUACAAAGAAAAGAUUAUUCUCGAGUGCAGUCUGGGUUCUACUAUAGGUUUUUCGGCUGUUCUGGGUUAUAUUGGCCUACUGGCUAUCUUGUGCUUUAUUAUGGCUUUUCUGGCUCGCACACUGCCUGAUAAAUUCAAUGAAGCGAAAUUCAUUACAUUCAGUAUGCUUAUAUUCUGUGCUGUAUGGAUCACAUUUAUCCCAUCUUAUGUUAGCUCCCCUGGAAAAUUAACUGUAGCUGUGGAGAUAUUUGCAAUUUUAGCUUCAAGCUUUGGUUUACUAUUUUGCAUAUUUGCACCAAAAUGUUAUAUAAUCAUGUGUAAGCCUGAGCAAAAUACAAAGCAGCAUAUAAUGGGGAAGAUUUACAACAAAUAAAAUUAUUCAAAUAUGGGUCAUUUGACAUCAAAAAGAAAAUAACAGAUGGUCACUAAACAUCAUGAUACUUUCAGAAAUAAUAAUGGCAAUAAAUGUACAUGAUUCCAUAUGUUUCAGAUAUGCCUACAAUUACACUGAUAAAAUCUAUAACCAGAAGAGGAAAGGAGGCAUCAAGCAUUAAAUCAAAAUAGAAACCUGUAUAACUGUAGUAUGUUCAGGAAAGCAGAUGGCAAAGGAUAUUUUCCCAGUAUGGUGCAGAUCCUGCAAAUGUUGACCAUAGCACCUUUCAGAACCUAAUCCACUUAACCAUUUCAACGUUUGGUUAAAAAACAUUCUGUCAACUAAAUUUGUUAGCUCAAUUACUAUUUUAUAUGUUGUAGGUUUAUUUAUAGCAAGUUAAACUAAAUUAAUAGCUUAGGCAUUUCUGAGAGAUGUCAUGAUGGCAGUUUUAAUACAAUUUGAAUUAAUGGAGGUAUGUGAAUGGUUGUAAUAUGUGUAAAACAGAGCUGAGAUGAGUAAUGUAUUGUUUCAGUUUCAUAGACUUUAUGUUAAAAGUGAUUUUUAAUUAGGAAACAACUGCAGCAGAUGGUAGCUCAUUUAAAUGAAAAACAAGAUAAAGAUGUUCAU